AAUAAUUCAACAUUUUUGUUCGAAAAAUUUAACUCGCCCUGUUUCAUAAUCACUCAUUUCUUUUCCAAAAACGAAUAGUGGCAUACAGUCAAUAAAUAUUGCAUAGCUGCAAUAAUAAUGGCGGCUUUGAUAAAAUUACGUCACAUGCCUAUUGUGCAAAGAAGUGUCUUCAACCACUUGCUACGAAACAGUCGCAACAUUUCUACGUCCAAGAAAAAUAGUGAUACUGCUACAACAACAUGCGAUACAACACCUCAAGAUAAAAAUUGGGUUAGCUACGGCUUUGAUUACACCAGCAAGGAAGAGGACGAUAGUGCCCACCAUGCUUCAUACUUUUUCUCCAUCACCAUGUGUAUUGUGUUUGGAGGUUUCGCUUGGGCAUACGCUCCGGACGUACACUUGAGAGAUUGGGCACAACGCGAGGCUUACUUAGAACUUCAUCGCCGUGAAAAGGCUGGAUUACCUCCAAUUAGUCCUAAUUAUGUGGAUCCAUCAACUAUUAAUCUACCUUCGGAUGAGGAGCUGGGUGAUACUGAAAUUAUUAUUUAAUUUUGUCUGAUAUCAGUUAUAUUUGUAGAUAAUGUAAUAUAUAUUUAAAAUUAAAAGUGUGUUAAAUGUUAAAACAACAAA